AUGACUGUGGCAGCUGGAUCAGAGGGCACCUCGUCCGAUGGCGACACCCCCGAGGGAUCCCGCGGGGCUGUGCCCGGGACCCCCUCCCCGGAUGAAGCCCGAGGCACGGCGCGGGUCGCCGUGCCGGAGCUGACGGGAGCCGCGCAGGCGGCGGCGGGGCCGCUAAACCAACCACAACGCUGGGAGUACACUGGGGUGGAGGGCACCUCGUCCGGCAACGACCUCACGGUCUUGGCCCCCACCUCGUCCAACGAGGUGCUGGCGGCGGCAGACGAGAGGCUCUGCUCCCAACCCAGCUGCCUUCCCCAUGGCUUGCCGGAACCCUCCCCGGUGCCAGCCACAGCACGAGAAAACAUCAGCGUGUCUGUGCUGCCUGCACCCCAAGAUGAUGACCCCCGCGAGGGAUCCCGCGGGGCUGUGCCCGGGACCCCCUCCCCGGAUGAAGCCCGAGGCGCGGCGCGGGUCGCCGUGCCGGAGCUGACGGGAGCCGCGCAGGCGGCGGACCCAACCACGACUGUGGCGUGCGGAGCAGAGGGCACCUCGUCCGGCAACGACCUCACGGUCUUGGCCCCCACCUCGUCCAACGAGGUGCUGGUGGCGGCCGACGAGUGGCUCUGCACGCAACCCUGCUGCCUUCCCCAUGGCCGGCCGGAGCCCUCCCCUGUACCAGCCACAGAGAACAUCAGCGUGUCUGUGCCUGCACCCCAAGAGGAGGACGACGGCAUUCCGGCGGCACGGCUCUCGUUGUUUGCACCGGAGCGGCUGAACCUCCGGUGGGAGAGCGACGUCUGCAAGGGUGCCGGCCUGCGCAACCUGGGGAACACCUGCUUCCUCAACGCCACGCUGCAGUGCCUCGCCUACACGCCGCCGCUCGCCAACUACCUGCUGCUGCAAGAGCACUGCAGCACCUGCCAACAAAGCGACUUUUGCCUGAUGUGUGUCAUGGAGCAUCACAUUGUCAGCACGUUCAACAACUCGCAGAGAGUGCUGACACCCAAGGUCAUAACUAAGAACAUCACACGCAUUGCCAAACACCUGCGCAUUGGGAGACAGGAAGAUGCCCACGAGUUUCUGCGAUACGUGGUAGAUGGCAUGCAAGCCUCAUGCCUCUAUGGCCACAGCGAGUGA